GUUUGUACAGAAAUCAGAGAAUCCCUACUCCAGAUGGAGCGUGAUGUCUUGAUCAAAAAAAGUACCAGAAAACGUUUAAUUGCUAGUACCAGUGUCCAGAGAGAAUAAAUCAAGAGAGACAUCACCAUGGGGAUUGGCGACAAUUAAACCAUUAUCAAUUACCUCUGCUGAUGUGUGAGCUGCAUACUUUUCCACCCACCAAAAAAAUAAAGAAGAGAAAACCUGAUGCUAACAUGUGCUCCCCGUGCUGCCCAUGGCUUCCUCUUGUUUUGUUUUGUUUUCUCCCUGCAAGUAUUAUAUAAAAGCAAAUCUUAGCAUCUGCUGAAUAAGAAGAACAGAGCAUCUGCUGCAAGUAUUCCCCAUUACAAUUGGCUACUACUGUUCAGAUUCAGCUGCUCCGCCGCAAUCAGGCCAGUGUUCAUAUCAAGAUGGGAAAUACAGAGCUGGAGCAAACCAAGGCUUACUCGCACAUGGAUUGUGCCCAGCCACCAGCAAAAUCUUGGGAGAGGAGAUUUGACGAUGAAGGCAAGAAAAUUGCAAUGUUUAGCAUGACCCUGAAUGACAUGAUGGCUCUAGUGCCCUUCUUGAUUAAAGUGUUCGGGCUAAACCUUAAAGACAAUGCAAAAGGCCUGGCUUCAGUCUAUGAUCCACUGAAGAAAUGGAUGGACAACUGCUACCGUGGUGUACCCCUAGGAGGGAUUGGUGCAGGAAGCAUAGGGAGAAGCUACAAGGGAUACUUUCAGCAUUUUCAGAUAUUCCCCAGGAUAUAUGAAGAGAAGCCUAUCCUAGCAAAUCAGUUUUCAGCAUUCAUUUCGCGCCCUGACGGAAAGAGCUAUGCAACAGUGUUGUCUGCUCCAAAUGCCAGUGUCCUCAAGGGAAUUGAUAAAGCUGGUAUUGGAUCCUGGGACUGGAAACUGAAAGAGAAGAAUUGUAAUUACCAUGGCUUGUUCCCAAGAUCAUGGACAGUAUAUAAUGGUGAACCUGACCCUGAAAUCAAAAUCACUUGCCGUCAAAUUUCACCGUUUAUCCCUCACAACUACAAGGAGAGUAGUUUCCCUGUUGCAGUUUUCACCUUUACGUUACAUAAUUCUGGGAGCACACCUGCAGAUAUAACAUUGCUCUUCACAUGGGCAAAUUCAGUUGGAGGAAAAUCUGAACUGACUGGGAAUCACACGAACUCCAGAAUGACAUCUCGCGACGGCGUCCAUGGCGUCCUCCUCCAUCACAGGACUGCGGACGGGCACCCUCCGGUGACGUUCGCGAUCGCGUCGCAGGAGACCGACGGCGUCCGCGUCACCGGCUGCCCGCGCUUCACGAUGGGGCCGUCCAAGCCCAACUCCGGCGACGUCACGGCGAAGGACAUGUGGGACGAGAUCAAGAAGAAUGGCUUCUUCGGCGCCAGCGAGGCGGCGGCGGCGUCGAGGCCCGGGUCGUCGAUCGGAGCGGCGGUGGCCGCGGCGACGACGGUGGCCGCGGGUGGCACGCGCGUGGUGUCGUUCGCGCUGUCGUGGGCGUGCCCCGAGGUGAAGUUCCCGGCUGGGAGAACCUACCACAGGAGGUACACCAAGUUCCAUGGCACCGAUUGCGACGCGGCUGCAGAGCGCCUAGCUCACGAUGCUCUUCUUGAACACAUGAAAUGGGAGUCCCAGAUCGAGGAGUGGCAGAGGCCAAUUCUGCAGGACAAGAGCCUGCCUGAAUGGUAUCCAAUUACACUGUUCAAUGAGCUCUACUACCUCAACGCUGGAGGCACCAUUUGGACAGAUGGGCAGCCUCCGAAGAAUACCAGCCUGUCGUCGGCGACGGAGCCGUUCAACAUCGACACGUCCACUAAUGGCGUCAACGGCGUGGGCGAACGCAGCAGCGCGGUGGACGGCAUAGUGAGGACGGUGGCGGCGGCGGCGGAGAGGGCGAGCUCGACGGCGGCGAUGGGGACGGCGCUGCUGCGCGAGGGGGAGGAGAACGUGGGGCAGGUGCUGUACCUGGAGGGGAUGGAGUACAACCUGUGGAACACCUAUGACGUCCACUUCUACGCCUCCUUCGCGCUGCUCGCCCUCUUCCCGGAGCUGGAGCUCAACCUGCAGCGCGACUUCAUCCGCGCCGUCCUCCUCCACGACCCCCGCCUCCGCCACACCCUCAUCGACGGCGUCACCGCGCCGCGCAAGGUGGUGGGCGCGGUGCCGCAUGACAUGGGGCUGAACGACCCGUGGGUGGAGCUGAACGCGUACAUGCUGCACGACCCGGCCAGGUGGAAGGACCUCAACCCCAAGUUUGUGCUCCAGGUGUACCGCGACGUGCUCGCCACCGCCGACGCCGCCUUCGCCCAGGCCGCCUGGCCCGCCGUCUACCUCGCCAUGGCCUACAUGGACCAGUUCGACCGCGACCGCGACGCCAUGGUCGAGAACGACGGCCGCCCCGACCAGACCUACGACAUCUGGUCCGUCUCCGGCGUCAGCGCCUACACCGGCGGCCUCUGGGUCGCCGCGCUCCAGGCCGCCGCCGCCAUGGCCGCCAUCGUCGGCGACGCUCCCGCCGAGGCCUACUUCCGCGGGAGGUACCGCCGCGCCAGGCGCGUCUACACCGACCAGCUCUGGAACGGCGCCUACUUCAACUACGACAACAGCGGCGGCGCCACCAGCUCGUCGAUCCAGGCCGACCAGCUCGCCGGCCAGUGGUACGCGCGGGUCUGCGGCAUGGAGCCCAUCGUCGACGACGACAAGGCGCGGCGAGCGCUGGCGACGGUGCUCGACUACAACGUCAUGCGCGUCGGGGGCGGCGCCAUCGGCGCCGUCAACGGCAUGCAGCCGGACGGCACCGUGGACGCCUCGUCGACGCAGUCCAAGGAGGUGUGGCCCGGGGUGACGUACGCCGUCGCCGCCGCGAUGAUCCACGAGGGCAUGCCGGAGGCGGCCUUCAGGACGGCCAAGGGCAUCCACGACGCCGGCUGGUCCAAGGACGGCUUCGGCUACGCCUUCCAGACGCCGGAGGCGUGGACGACCGACGGCCGCUACCGGGCGCUGCACUACAUGCGCCCGCUCGCCGUCUGGGCGAUGCAGUGGGCGCUGUCGCCGCCGGUGCUACACAAGGACAUCAGGCUGGCGGGGGCGACGACGGUCUCGCCGGACACCGCGCUGGGGCAGGAGAAGUUCGACAAGGUGGCGAGCAUGCUGAGGCUGCCGGAGGAGAAGCACCACAAGGGGAUCCUCCGGACGCUCUUUGAUGUUCUUCGCCAACUGCUGCUCCCAGCAUGAGCUCACCACCUGCCUGAUGCAUACGACUAAAUAACAUGCAUACAACACAAGAUUAUCAUUCCAAUUGAAUAACAUUGUUUACUAAUGGACAACACAGCUCGAUUCAUAGUAAC